AAUAACAGGACAUCUAUCUGAGCAUCAACAGAACAAUAUUACUGUUUAAAAUUAAGUCACUACAAUAUAUACAUUUAAUGACUAUGUUUACACUUCAUUCAUUUAUUGUUGGGCCCUUUCUGUCCACUGUGGUUGCUUCUGGAAGCCUAAACCUUUUCUGAUCUGUCUUGAUCCCCUUUGAAAUGUAGAGACUGUGGGACACUUUUUGCAGUUUAGGCCUUGUUAAGUGUAUACAAUUCAGAAUGUAAUAAGCAAUAGGCCUUUCCAUGUAGAUAUUUUAACUAGCCUACCUAUUUAUUUAAUUUACAGAAAAUGGGCUUUCUUGUGAAAUGUAUCAUUAUUGUGAUAUGAAAUGACCUAUAUUAUGAAAGGAGCUUUUAGUCAUAGAACACGUUCCUAUUACUGCUUACCUCUCUAGCCAACAGCUGUUGCUCUUCAUGUCCAAGUCCCCUCCGUUUCUUUGUGGGCAGCUGCUGAGAUCCACUGCUUUCACCAGAAGGAAUGGAGUCCCUGAUCCAAACCACAAGUGACAUCAUGGCGUUUGAAGAUGCAGGUGAGAGGGCGGGGCUUCAGGUGUGGAGGGUGGAGAACAUGGAGCUGGUUCCUGUUCCUGUCAUUCUGUAUGGAGGGUUCUACAGCGGGGACGCUUACCUUGUUCUGAAGACCCUGGAGAACCGGAGGGGAACCAUGCAGCACCACCUGCACUACUGGAUAGGCUCUGACUGCUCUCAGGAUGAAAGAGGGGCAGCGGCCAUCUUUGCAGUGCAGAUGGACGACUUCCUGCAGGGGAAACCGGUCCAGAACCGGGAGGUCCAGGGUCACGAGUCCAGAACCUUCAGCGGGUACUUCAAGACCGGACUCAAGUACAUGAAAGGGGGCGUGGCCUCAGGGUUCCAACACGUGGUGACCAAUGAGGUGACAGUUCAGAGGGUGCUGCAGGUCAAAGGUCGACGCGUCGUCAGGGCAACGGAGGUCCCCGUCAGCUGGGAGAGCUUCAACCAGGGAGACAGCUUCAUCCUGGACCUGGGAGAGGAAAUCAUCCAGUGGUCUGGUUCCCAUAGCAACCGCUUCGAGAAGCUGAAGGCCACCGUGGUGUCCAAAGGUAUCCGUGACGAUGAGCGGUGUGGGCGGUGCCAGCUGCACCUCUGUGAGGAGGGGGAGGAGCCAGAGAGGAUGCUGGAGGUCCUCGGGGAGAAGCCUGACCUCCCUGAGGCUCACAGUGAAGACACCAAGAUGGACGCCUCCAACAGGAAGCAGGCGAAGCUGUUCCAGGUGUCUAACGCUGACGGGGAGCUAGAGGUCACCAUGGUGGCCGACCACAGCCCAUUCUCCCAGGAUGCAUUGCGGUCCAGCGAGUGCUUCAUCCUGGACAACGGAGCUAACGGACACAUCUACGUGUGGAAAG